UGAUGCUAAAAAGCAGUCGUCUUUCACGGGCACACAUAAUUAAACCAAAACCACAAAUCUGGAAAAUCUUUCGUCACCGAUAGAGAGAUUAUUUUGUGAAUCUGGGUUUACACAAUUCAGGUGAAAAUAUAACAUUUUGCCCCGCCGUAACGAGAAUCAAUUGUCUUUUCAGAUUGCUCAUAGAUUCGAUCGGUUGGAUCAGAAAAAACAAAAUGGCGAAUCUGUAUGUGAAAGCGGUUCCACCGCCGGAUAUGAACAGGAAUACGGAGUGGUUCAUGUAUCCCGGAGUUUGGACAACUUAUAUACUCAUUCUCUUCUUCGGUUGGCUCGUUGUUCUCUCCGUCUCUGGUUGUUCCCCUGGGAUGGCCUGGACUGUUGUUAACCUCGCUCACUUCGUUGUAACGUAUCACUGCUUUCACUGGAUGAAAGGAACUCCUUUUGCAGAAGACCAAGGAAUCUACAAUGGUUUGACUUGGUGGGAACAAAUGGACAGCGGUCAACAACUUACCCGCAACCGCAAGUUUCUUACCGUUGUUCCUGUUGUCCUGUAUCUGAUAGCAUCACAUACAACAGAUUACAGACAUCCAUGGCUGUUCCUCAACACACUCGCUGUGAUGGUUCUAGUUGUUGCCAAGUUCCCUAAUAUGCACAAGGUGCGCAUCUUCGGCAUCAAUGGUGACAAAUAGGCUUUAUUAACUCAACUCCAUUUCUUUUAAGAGAAAGAAGAUGAAAAGGGGGAAACACGAAAAGAUAUACGUAUGUAUAAAAAUGUUCAUAUGAAUUGGAAUAAUUCGAGAGUUAUGUUUGGUUGGAUAUUUGUAAGUACAUUAACUAAUUUUGAAACUUGAUUUUUUUUUUUUUUUGUUUUCUUUCAUAUACAUACACGAAAUUCAUUAUCUUUGGGCAAUAUGUGUUAGUUACUCGGCCUGCUUAAGAUACAAUAGGGGCUUAUGAUUGGUUUUAAGGAUGCCCCAAAUAUGCAUGUGACUCAUGAGUUGUCUGGCUUAACACGAUUGCGCGGAAUGAUUCAGUGGAUUCUAGAAAAC